AUCCAUUUCCAUAUCAUGCCUCUCUCUCUCUUUCUCUCAGUUUUGAAUAUUUACAAUGGGACCUUUUUUUCCUGUACUGUACCAACAACGCUUUUGCUUCAAAUCCUUUUAUCUCCGUCCAAUAUAUGUACAUAUCUUGAUGUUUCAUUAGAUUUUGGCUGUGGAUCUCCUUGAUUCAUGUCCAUUUUCCGUAGAUCUAGCUCUGGACUCCCCAGAUCUAGAAGCUGUGCAUGUUGGUUCCGACAAGAAAAUGUUCUUAUGUCGGAAUAUCAUAUAAAAGUUCCCUGGAUUUCAUGUAUAUAUCCACUCUAAUUUUUGUUUUCUUGCUAUCUUUAACAUCUGAUGUGUUAUCUCUGGAACAUUGGAUAUAAUAAAUGAUCUUUGAAAAUGGAUGACGAUGGGUUUCGCAAUUGGGGUUACUACGAACCAGCUGCUGCUACGUUCAAAGGCAACCUCGGUUUGCAGCUAAUGUCAAGCGCUGACCGGAACACUAAACCGUUUCUACCCGGUCGAGAUCCAAAUCUAAUGAUUGGCCAAAACGGGUCAUACCACCACGCUGAGCCACCAAUCCACAUGAGCUACAACUGGAUUAACCAACAGAAGGACAAGUUCUUCAACAUGUUGCCUGUAACAACCUCUCCUAACUACGGAAACGUUCUCCCCGAAACUUCAUCAGCCCCGUCCAUGCAUCACCAUCACCAUCAUCAAACCGAGGAUAACCCGGUUAAAUGCGAAGAAGAAGAAGAGAUUGUUCAGCCUAACAAGAAGAGAAAGACUAACUCAAAAGCUAGCGCAACAGCAAAGGGGAAGAAGCCUCGUAAACCGAAAGAAGAGAACGACAGCAAGACUAACGUUUCAAGAGUCAAACCGGCUAAGAAAAGCGUUGACUUGGUUAUCAACGGAGUGAACAUGGACAUUUCCGGUUUACCUGUACCGGUCUGCACUUGCACCGGAGCUCCUCAGCAAUGCUACCGUUGGGGAUGCGGCGGUUGGCAGUCUGCGUGUUGCACCACGAACAUAUCGAUGCACCCGUUGCCGAUGAGUACUAAACGCCGUGGAGCGAGGAUCUCCGGGAGGAAGAUGAGUCAAGGAGCGUUUAAGAAGGUUCUUGAGAAACUUUCUUCUGAUGGGUUUAACUUUGGGAGCCCCAUUGAUCUUAAGAGCCAUUGGGCUAGACAUGGGACUAACAAGUUCGUCACCAUCAGAUGAUUAGUUUCAGGUAACCCCAUCUGAGUUUAAGAGUUGUUUUAUCAUACGGUUGCUUUUUAUGUUCUGUUUGUUUGUUUGUAUGUCUGAGGAAGAAAAUCUGCAAGGGAAGUUUGAAUUUUUUUUACUUUUGUAUUUUUUUUUUCUCUUUCUUUUGUUAUUUUUAUAAACAUUUUACUGACUUGUAAGUUGUAACAGAUAUUCUUUUUAAUUAAAUGUUUUUAUUUCGUACA